AUGGUCAAGAAGAGAAAGAAUAACGGCCGCAACAAGAAGGGCCGCGGCCACGUCAACCCUAUCCGUUGCAGCAACUGCGCUCGCUGCACGCCCAAGGACAAGGCCAUCAAGCGCUUCACCAUCCGCAACAUGGUCGAGUCUGCUGCUAUUCGUGACAUCUCCGAUGCCUCGGUCUUCGCCGAGUACACCGUGCCCAAGAUGUACCUUAAGCUGCAGUACUGCGUCUCUUGCGCCAUUCACGGCAAGAUUGUCCGUGUCCGAUCCCGCGUCGGUCGCCGCAACCGUGCCCCCCCUCCCCGUGUCCGCUUCAACCGUGACGCCAAGAAGGUCACUCCUACUGCCCCCAAGGCCUAA